AUGCCUCAAGAUCGCAGUACCCAACUAGAGGAGCUGCGGCGGCAGUUCCCAUCGACCUCUGUCGUCACGGAAAGUGCGCAGGAGACGGUGCUUAAGGUGGAUGAUGUGCUGCGCAUCACUCCGAUGACGGAGUAUGCCCUCUCUCUGUACGUGACGCUGCCCUCGUCGUUCCCGAAGGCGGUGCCAAGGGCGACGAUGCCGUACUGCUGCCACAACGUCCCUAUCACGCCUCCCAAUAUCAACCCCUCCGAGGCACUAGCGUACCAGUGGAGCAGCACCACCUCCACCUUGGUCGAAGCGGUCCGUAACGCAUUUCAGAACGCGGCAGAUUGCUGGGGCCCUGUAGAGCCGCCAAGUAUGCGCAGCGUGACGCUGCAGUUGAGCGGGGAGACGGACCGCUUGCUGCAGGAUCUGGUGACCAACCCGAACUGCCUUGACGCGUACUGCUACCAGCUGCCUAUCGUGAAGCUGAUGCGAGAGGCGAGUCUUCAGACCAUCAGCGAAAUCGAGCGGGUUGCGAACGAGAACACGACGCUCCGCAACGAAGUGGAGACGCUGGAGGCACAGGUAAAGGACCUGCAGCAGCACCUUGAUGAGCAGGUGUCGCAGCUGCAGCAACUGGAGCAGAAUCGACUCCUCAUGUCCGUCGGCACCCCGGAGGCCCUUAUGAAAACCCUCGAGGAUGACGUACGUAGGAUGAGCAGCGACUGUAUGACGCUCGGAAGGCGCGCCCUGGACGCCUACAAGGCAGACAAGGGUGGCUUUCAAGAUUUGUUGGAGCAAUACAAGGCGCAGUCGAGAGCGAUGCACAUACUCGACCUGAAGCGGAUCUCCUAUCGUGCGCAGUGCGCCGCGAACUGA